CUCACUGUGAGGGCAUGAAAAUGGCAGAGGCUCGUAUUUCAGUAGAUCAAUUUUCAGUGGAUCAGUUCAGCUGUCCAGUGUGUCUGGAUCUCCUGAAGGAUCCGGUGGCUAUCCACUGUGGUCACAGUUACUGUAAGGUGUGUAUUAAUGGCUACUGGGAUCAGGAGGAUGAGAAGGGAGUCUACAGUUGUCCUCAAUGCAAGGACACUUUCACUCCGAGGCCUGUUCUACACAGAAACAACAUGCUGGCUCAAGUGGUGGAGAAACUGAAGAAGACUGAAGUCCAAGCUGCUUCUCCUGCUCAUUGUUACGCUGGAUCUGGAGAUGUGGAGUGUGAUUUCUGCACCGGGAGAAAACACAAAGCCAUCAAGUCCUGUCUGAUGUGUCUGACUUCCUUUUGUGAAACUCAUCUUAAACCUCAUCUUGAACUUCCUACAUUGAAGACGCACACCUUAAUCGAAGCCUCCUCAAAACUCCAAGAGAAGAUCUGCUCUCAACAUGAUGAAGUGCUUAGGAUCUACUGUCGUACUGACAAAAGGUGUAUUUGUUUUUUGUGCAUGUUGGAUAAUCACAAAGGACACGACGCUGUAUCACUUUCAGCAGAGAGAACUGAGAAACAGAGCGAGUUAAAGGAGGAGCAGAUGAAAUCCCAGCAGAGAAUCCAGGAGAAGCAGAAGAAGGUGCAGGAGCUGAAACAGACUGUGAACACGAUUAAGUCCCAUGCUCAGACAGCAGUGGAGGACAAUGAAAGGAUCUUUACUGAGAUGAUCAGCUCCAUGGAGAAAAAGCACUCGGAGGUGACGGAGCUGAUCAGAGCUCAGGAGAAGGCUGAACUGAGUCGAGCUGAACGACUCCUGGAGCAAAUGGAGCAGGAGAUCACUGAUCUUCAGAGGAGAGUCACUGAGCUGGAGCAGCUUUCACACACACAAGAUCACAUCCACUUCCUCCAGAGUUUCUGGUCUCUCUGUGUCUCUUCUGGACGUGAAGAUUCACCAUGCAUCACCGUCCAUCAACAUCUCUCAUUUGAUGGAUUGAGGAAUUCUCUCUCAGAUCUUAAGAAGAGAUUUGAGAAAUUCUGUGAGGAGGAAUUCAGCAAAGUCCCUCCACAUGCUACAACAGUUCCACCAUCAGAGCCAAAGAGCAGAGAAGAUUUUCUGAAAUGUUUCUGUUUUCUGACUCUGGAUCCCAAAACAGCACAUCAUUACCUCCGUCUGUCUGAGCAGAACAGAGCAGUGGCAAGCAGUUGGAACCAGCAGCCGUUCUCUGAUCAUCCAGAGACAUUCGACUUCUAUAAGCAGGUGUUGUGUAAGGAGAGUGUGUGUGGAUGCUGUUACUGGGAGGUGAAGUGGAGCGGUGUUGGUGUGUACAUCUCAGUCUCAUAUAAAGACAUCAGGAGGAAAGGACUGGGUAAUGAGUGUGGGUUUGGACGCAACAAUCAGUCCUGGAGUCUGCGAUGUUCUUCUUCUUCUCUGUCUUUCUAUCACAGCAACAUUAAAACUGAUCUCAGAGUUCCAUCAUCCUCCAGAAUAGGAGUGUAUGUGGAUCACAGUGCAGGAAGUCUGUCCUUCUACAGCAUCUCUGACACGAUGAAGCUCCUCCACAGAGUCCACACCACAUUCACUCAACCUCUAUACGCUGGGUUUGGGGUUUAUGGAGGAACUGUGAGGUUGUGUGACCCGAAAUAACAGCAGAUGCAAUUAAUUUGUCUUUGAAACUUUAUGAUUGAAACUUUGGUAAAUUUGGUAUAAACAAUUUGAUUCUCUAAUAAACUCUAAUAGAGCCUCACAAAGCUAAAAUAAUAACUCAGUAACUCAUGUAAAUGUGGUAAUAGAUGAACUAGAAGGAAAUAUCCACGUUUUGAAUAAAUGUGUAAAUCAGAAAUGUUGAAUAUUUUACUAACUGCUUAUUUUUGCUGAGUCGAGUAAUUCAGUUCAGUUCACUGAAUCAAUGAUUUGAUUCAUUACUUACUGAUGAGACUCACUUUACCAAGACAACAUGACACCAACUCAAUGAAUUAUUCUAGCUAGCUCAUUAGCAAGUCAAUAAGACACAGAGUCAGCUAGUUAUUACACUCAUUAUAAUUAUUAUACAAAGUUAUUACACUCAUUACCAAGCCGUUGUGAGAAUAAAUCAGCUAAUUAUAAUGUUAGGUAGUGACGGGUUUAGGAUCAACCAUUCCCUGGUGAUUUUGAAGUUCAUGACCUC